AGGAGAAGAAGAAGAAGUAAAGGAAGAGUGGACAGUGUUGCAGACGGUCUCAGAAUGUUUGGAAACGUUCUGCUCUUGCUGUUUCUCUUCAUUAAUAUCUACAAUGACCCUGCUGAUGCACAGAAGAAAAAAGAGACUCUGCUGUCAGAGAAGUUGACUCAGAUGAUGGAGUGGACCUCCAAGCGAUCAGUUAUCAGGAUGAAUGGGGAUAAAUUCCGUCGCUUUGUGAAGGCUCCUCCCAGGAACUAUUCCGUGGUCAUCAUGUUCACAGCACUGCAGCCACAGAGGCAGUGUGGGGUCUGCAAACAAGCUGACGAGGAGUUCCAGAUGCUGGCUAACUCUUGGCGUUAUUCCUCUGCAUUUACAAACAAAGUCUUCUUUGCAUGCGUAGACUUUGAUGAAGGAUCCGACGUCUUUCAGAUGCUCGGUAUGAAUUCUGCUCCGACCUUCCUCCACUUCCCAUCCAAAGGAAAACCUCGCAAGUCUGAUACCUAUGAGCUGCAGGUCAGAGGCUUUGCAGCUGAGCAGCUGGCCAGAUGGGUGGCAGACAGGACUGAUGUGCAGAUCCGCGUCAUUCGCCCUCCCAACUACGCAGGGCCUCUCCUGCUGGGUUUCCUCCUGGCUGUGAUUGGAGGACUGGCAUACCUGCGAAGACACAAUUUGGAGUUUCUCUUUAACAAGAAUGUGUGGGCCUUCUCUGCACUGUGCUUUGUCCUGAUCAUGACCUCGGGCCAGAUGUGGAACCACAUCAGAGGUCCGCCUUAUGCACACAAGAACCCCAGCACAGGGCAAGUGAGCUACAUCCAUGGAAGUAGUCAGGCCCAGUUUGUGGCUGAGACUCACAUCAUCCUCCUCUUCAAUGCUGCUGUUACCAUGGGAAUGGUGCUGCUGUGUGAGGCCGCCACCUCUGACAUGGACAUUGGAAAGAGGAAGAUCAUGUGUGUAGCAGGUAUUGGUCUGGUGAUGCUGUUCUUCAGCUGGUUGUUGUCCAUAUUCAGAGCAAAGUACCAUGGAUAUCCAUACAGCUUCCUGAUGACUUAGAGCUCAACAAUGCCUCCAACUUUAAAGCAAGUGUGAACAGGGAGUUCCCCAAAAUGCUGUCAACAAGCAGAGUACUGUCCAUGGAAAUGCCCCUUUUCUGCUGGCUAACCAAUGGCUUUUCUGUCAUCUGUUGAGCCACAAGUGUGUGUGUCAACACACACAUACACACUGUGCCUUCAAAGACUCACCAAGCAAUUAACUUGCCAACAACAGAGCAACAACCAGUAUGCAUUCUACACUGUGCCAAAAGCUGGUGUCUUUCAGUCCAGGUCCUACUGGGCACAAAUCUGUCUGCUUCUUAUAUUUAUGAACUUCCUAUGGGAGCCGUUAUCAGAGGGUUCUUAGCAUUCUGAAAAUCUGUAAUUUUGGUAACAUCUUAGACAGCUCUAGUCCUAGGAUGGUAAUAAAUGAAGGUUCAAUUGUGACUAUUUUCUGUGGUAGUACACAUACUUAGUAUCAACUCAUCAAAAAGCUUUUUAUUUAGAAAGAAUCAACACAUUUAAAGUGUUCCCUUAUAAGUAGAAGCACUUGUUAAUCGCAUGAACCCAUUGAAACUCAGAAACAAAGGUAUUUAUUGCGGGCAACUUCACUCUCAAUAUUUAUUUUUGUGCCUUAAAGUGCCCCGUUACUGGGCUGUAGGAUGACAUGUCCUGAAGAAAGAACUAAUAAUAAAGUCAUUAUUUGUAAAGUGAUUUGUAUAACUCUUAAGGCAGUCUGCAUUCAUUAGUAAUCCCACUCAGUGGUGGUCAGUUUAUAACAAGUUAAAGGAUGCAAUGACCUGAGCUAAAGGAAUAUCUGUUUGGGGGGAAAAGACCAUCUAUCUACCUAUCUAUAUAUCAAAUAAACGACCACCACCUGGUGGAUACACAAUUAAUUGAAAUUGCCCUUUCUAUGUUUUUUAAAUCAAACACUCAGGGUUAGCUAUGAACCAUUUUGUAAUCCAGUAGUUGAAAGUAGGUUAAGGGAUGAGAGUUUUAUAAAGUGUACCCCCAACCCAAUUCAUCUUCAAAUAGCCAACUAAGAAAUAGCAGUUUGGAGGAGAAAACGGUUGAGUGGAAAAAUCUACUAAGAGUACACUAUAAAUCUUGUUCACAUAUUUUCUUUUCAGCUGUAAUAGGUAUAUAGUGAACUGUUAAAAUGGAAAAAGGUACAGAUGGCAACUUAACUACUUUCUCUUAAUGUUGUCACUUAAGAUGAAGCAAGAACAGCCUUCACUGGGAGUGGGAUUGUAGACAAACUCAUUCAAAAGGAUACCCAGAAGUACAAACCAUGUUGUGUAAAACAAAGUGCUUUGAAUGUUUGUGGUUACUUGAGGUGAUUUUUUCUAAUAUUAAAGUGCCUUAACUGAC